AUGAAGCAAUUAGCGAAUAGGACUACGACCCGGAGCUUCGGUAGAUAUAUCUGCCGUAGCUGCUCUCACCAAGCACCUCGACAGCGCCGAGGAUAUGCAACGGAAUCAUCACCCGAACUAUAUGAUGUCGUCUGCGUGGGGGGUGGACCGGCCGGUCUAAGUGUCCUGGCAGCAUUGAGGGCGACUGCUGCCACUUCUGGCCUCAAAGUCGCUCUUAUCGAAAGCCAGGAUCUAAGCCGAACGCGAUCAUGGUCGCUCCCAUCAACACAAUAUUCGAACCGAUGCAGCUCCCUCACACCCACUUCCGUGGAAUUCCUUGAUAAAAUUGGCGCGUGGAAGAAUGUCAAGCGUGACAGAGUGCAGCCGUACGAGGAGAUGCAGGUCUGGGAUGGAGUUACAGGGUCGAGGAUAGAAUUCGACUGGCCACAAGGGUCACAAGGCAAGACGAUAGCAUAUAUGAACGAGAACCUGAACCUCACAUCAGGCCUUCUCAAACGGAUCGACGAGUUAUCUGGGGUCUCGAUUUUUGACAACACGAAGGUAGAGAAUAUCGAACUGGGCCAAGAAACCGAGACAGCAGACCUACGGUCAUGGCCUAUUGUUCAGCUCUCGGGUGGCCGGCAGAUUGCGGCACGGUUACUUAUUGGGGCGGAUGGCGCCAACAGCCCUGUCAGAGCGUUCGCGGGUAUCAAUAGCUCGGGGUGGGAUUAUAACAGGCAUGGGGUUGUGGCUACAGUCGAGUUGGAGGGCGAGGGAUGGGGCGGCGAAGAUCGCAAGGUUGCAUACCAGAGGUUCCUUCCCACCGGCCCAGCCGCUAUGCUACCACUACCCGGACGUUUCUCAACCCUCGUCUGGUCAACGACUCCGGAGAGAGCCGCGCUCCUAAAGACCCUAUCUACCGAAGACUUCACAGCCAUGGUUAAUGCGGCAUUCCGCCUGUCGCCCGUUGAUCUCACAUAUAUGCACACUCUUACUUCCGGCCAGGCCGAUGAGUAUAACUGGCGAUCCCAGCAUACUUCUUCUGAUACCAAUCGAAUCCCUCAACGGGUUCUGUCAGUUCAGGAGGGAACGGUAGCCUCUUUCCCACUCAAAAUGCGCCAUGCGGAUACUUAUAUCGGCGAGCGCGUUGCUUUGAUUGGAGAUGCGGCACACACCGUCCACCCUCUUGCCGGCCAGGGUCUGAAUCAAGGGCAAGGUGAUGUCGAAAGUCUCGUGAAAACAAUCGAGUAUUCCGUGACGCACGGCCUGGAUAUUGGCGUCUCCAUGAGCUUGGAGAGCUAUAAUGCGGAUAGAUAUGCCAAAAACCAUGUGCUAAUGGGUGUGGUGGAUAAACUCCACAAGCUGUACGCAUUUGAGAGUGGCCCGAUAGUGCCUCUGCGAAGUAUUGGCCUGAGCGCGGUGAAUGCGUUGGGACCUCUCAAGCACUUCUUCAUGGGGCAGGCCGCCGGAACUGGGGCGAAGAUAUUGUAA